CAAAAUGUUCAAACAUCAAAACAGUUCAAAAGUGGACAACGGCCGCCAUCAUCCGCAUUUCGAAAUAAAAAUCAAUCAGCAUAGCUUAUAAACUAAUAAACAUCUUCAAUAAACCAUUUUUGUAUCAAUCAAAGUAGCCGAUAUUAAUACGUGUGUUAAGGUUGUCACUCAUUUGUGCUAUUAGUGAUGGAAGACCUCGAAAAAACAAAGGAAAAUAUACAACCGUUACGCGGUGGUCGGAAUGUAGAGCAGUUGGAAAUUGCCCUGACUUCGGAGGCCCAACUGGCCGAGGAAAGAAGAGUUCACGAACAACGUAUAGAAAAUUAUGAAGGUGACGAUCCGCUUCAACCGUGGUACGAAUACAUCUGCUGGAUGGAGCAGACGGAUUUCAGCAACGGCAAACUUUCUGGCAGCAAUGAGGUUCUUUUGCGGUGCAUCGAGAAAUUUGAAAUCGAAGAACGUUAUCAUCAGGACCAUCGAUUCAUCAAGCUUUGCAUGAAAUAUAUGGACACUCAGCGCUCUCCACAGCAACUGUAUCAGGAAUUGUACGAUCGUGGCAUUGGAACAAUGUGUGCUGAGCUGUAUAUUGGUUGGGCCUAUUACUACGAUGCGGAAGAUAACUUUGCUCAAGCAGAAGCAGUUUUCCGGAAAGGUCUGGACGCAGGAGCCACACCCCGGGAGGACAUCGAGCAAGCCCAUCGUCAGUUUGGCUUUUCCAUGUCACAACGAUUGCUACACAAGGACGAAUCAUCGAAAAUAAGUUUCAAAUCCACUUUGGCCGAAAGGAGAAACGCCCUCACGUCGCUUAAGGCCCACAAGAAACGACAUGUCGGUAGUAUUCGGACUGGGCUUGCGGUGAAAAGCGCGAAUCCCGGAACCGUGGAUCAGGAGAACAUUCCGAAUGGUUCAAUGAACACCAAUGCUUCACUGCCAGUCUACACCGGUGCUGCAGAGUCUUCUGUUUCUAGUCAUUCAAUUAUCCGAUCCCUGGUGGACCAUGCUCGAGAUCGUGAAAAUAUUCGUGAACCAGGACCUUGGUCGAACGUCAAAGGCCAACAAAAUAAACGUGGACCACUUUUUGGAGCGUCGCAUGAACCGUCAUUUAAAAUAUCCGAGGAUUCGGUAGAAUUUCAGCCUAUUCCAGUGAUUGUGGACAAUUUAUCACGGGGAAUCCAACUGGGCCCGAAUCACAAACGAAAAAACUAUCCUCAGACGGUGUUCGAAGUGGCCGUUUGUGAUGACGACAAACCUUCAGGCGUCGGCAUGUACGACAAACUUAGUCUCUACUGUCAAGGAGGGACACAAGACUUUUCCCCGGAAGAACUGCACGGGUAUCGAUAUUUCAAACGUCGUGGCAUUGUAAAUAAAAUGACAAUGCAGUAUGAUCCCAUUUGGGGCAGCGGGGAGAGUAUCCGUUUGCAUCCAUAUCACGUACGGGAGUGCAAAUGUAAACCGGGCGACGACUUGAAAACAGAAAAUCCCACCAUCGGAACUGCUACGGAAGGAAUUCAAACUCCGAUCGCGGAAAUCUACGCUGAAGCAAGGGAGGUGUCAAUCGAUGAGUUACGAUCGCAAAAGUGGAAGGAUGGCAAAAUCAAACGGCACAUUGACCAUAAACACGACGACGAUAUGAUGCGAGUUGAUAUGGAUGAAACGAUUGUUCGAACAAAACGUGUUUCCAUUGCCCCUCCAAGAAUAAGUAUGAUGCCAAUGCAGCCCGGUUCAAGUAGAGUAUCUGUGCUGACAACUGCCACAAGUGUUGAAGCAGAGAAAUACACCGGAGCAGUCAAAAAGUCAGACAUAUACAAACGCCGUCCAAUCGAUUCACCAGAUAUCAAGCCUGGUCCAAAGAAAAAAAUAUCGCUGGAAGGUCAAAUACCGGAGGAUGAUGAGCAAUUAGAACAGGAGCGACCUGAAUUUAUCGCACCUGCUGCUAAGCCUAAAACAACACUUGCAAUACCAAUCUUUGUCGAUGAUGAAGAACCGCCAGAAAACAAGGAAACCAACAGCUACUAUCCGAACGAGUCAUGCUCUACACAAAUGUUCAAUAUGUUCGUCAAAAGCCAGAGUACCCCACUGGCACUAAAAACGUGCCCAACUAGAAAGUCCGAUGUAGCGAUACGACGACCCAAUAUAUCGUUUGACGAGAACGACGAGAUUGAACCUCCGAUUCAGGAUGAAAAUCUUGCACAAAUGCACCCCGUCAAAAUUAACGACGAAAACGCCGAACAGGAGGCAUUGACCCCGUCUGGCUCAAAUAUCACCCAUGCACCUAAACAACUAUCAACGAUUAUGGAACGCACUGAGAAUAGUACCAUAUCUGUUGCAGGCAGUACAAAAUCUUCCGUUUCGUCACCACCUCUAGGCGAAGUUAUCUCACCAAUGCCAGGGACCAAUUCGGACGACGAACGACCGGGUAUCAAAAACAUGAAACAAGCUGUCAAGAACCUCACCAACAUGCACAUGGAGAGCACUUUGAAACAUCAGACUGGCGAUAAUUCGGUUUUUAAGGUUCCUGAAUCAAUAAUUAAUUCAGCCGUGGCUAAGCCUAACGAUGUACCAUUCACGACUGUUCGAGAAGAGCAACCAUUUCCGUUAAAAUCCGUCACAGAGAGUCCAUUCGUGAUUCACAUUGAUAGCACGGAAACGAUGGCAAAUGUACCGUUGGUAUCUAAAAUGGAUCUGCCUCAGGCUGUUCCCGAUGAUAAAGAAAACAAACAACAGAUGAACGUUGAACUAAAACAAGAUGCUCACUUUCAGGUGCAAGAAGAAGCCACAUCCACCGGAACGACAAACAUUAUUUUCAGAAAUGUUUCUCAUCUCCCUCAGCGCGAUCUCGCUAUCAAUUCUAUAAUGUCUUUCAAAAUGACUACUGAACGAACAAACACGGUUCCUCUACCCCUGAUAAAGCAGCCAACGGUAGCAAAAAGCCCUACGGCACUUAAAACCACUAAAGCUGAUGAUUCAUUGUUCGAAGUGUUGGCCAAAACACCAUCUCCCAAAGGACCGGCACAAAAAUCAUUCUUCGAUUUGGCCGACUUCCAGAAAACACCGAAAGCUAAAAUCCCAGAACCCAAAGAGCCCGCUUCCAAACAACAACUGUUUAAAGCCGGAGAUCCCUCAACUCAGCCUAAGCCAAUCAUCAUACAAAGCGUCAUGGGAGCGAUAAACUUGGCAGAUUUCCCAUCCCCCCCGAAACGCGCCUCAACUGAAGAUUUAAACACGGAGAUCUUCUCGCUCAACAUGAAUAAUGUAAAAAAUUCCACAUUACUUCCGGGAUGCUUCCCAGCCGAAUUCGAUAUUCCACCCUCAAAAAUGGCCACAAGCAUUAGCCCGGGCGAAGCGAGACCCCUCCGCGAAAUCGACUUCGAAAUCAGUCGCAACGAAGUUCAGAUGAGAAAGCUCAACUUGGCUGAAAAACAGAUGGACCCAGAUGGUUUCAUGAUGCCGGCUGUGCCGAUAUUCAAGUCCCCAAUCGUAAUUGAUCUGGACGAAGGCGACAGCGAUGAGCUGGGGAAGAGCAUCUAUGUGCCGAAGCCCACGUGUACUGAAAAGGUCGAACGGUGGGACGAAAUCGACGAACAUUUCAACCCGGCCAACAACGUGUACGUGAAGAAGGAAACCGACCCGGACGAGACGAUGCACUUCAUCUAUCGGCAAACCAAAGUUGGCGAAAUAGAUCCGUUUGAUCCCAAGCUGCAGGCAGCUUUUCUAGAGCAGUUGGAUUUUAUGAAGUACAUCGAGGAGCUUUCCACUUGCUCGUUGGUCAACAAGGUUGAACCACUAACGAGAGCCAAGAUGGUGAACAUUUGUGGCACUGAGUUCUCGGUUCUGAAGAAGAUCGGUGAGGGAACUUUUGGCAUGGUUUACAGUGCGAAAAAUCUCAGCUCUGGGCAAGUGGUAGCGAUGAAACAGGAGCGCCCGGCUAAUCUUUGGGAAUAUUACAUAUGCCUUGAACUAAGAAGCCGCGUCAAUAACGAGGAUAUUCUUCCAGGGAUGAUGAGUGUCGAUUUCGCUAUCGUGGGUAAUAAUGCCAGUAUACUUGUGUCGCCUUUCUCUCGGUUCGGCAAUAUACUGGAUGUCUGCAAUGUAGUGAAACGAGUCACCAACAAAAACGUCGAUGAAUUCAUCGCCAUGGACAUCACCAGCCAGAUACUGUCUAUCAUAGAUCAUCUACAUAGCUGUCAAAUCAUUCACGCUGACAUAAAACCAGACAAUUUCCUCUUGAUGGCUCCAAUUGAUUUGGAUUCGAGAAUACCAUGCGUGCAAUUGAUUGACUUUGGCGUUUCCAUUGAUCUCAAGCUAUUUCCAAGGGAUACAACAUUCAAAAAAGUCGUCACAACGGAAUGCUUCACCUGCAUUGAAAUGCUAGAGAAGAGGCCGUGGACAUAUCAGCCUGACCUGUAUGGUGUUGCUGGAACAACACAUGUCAUGCUGUUCGGAACAUAUAUGGAAGUGCAGAAGGAUAUCGUCAACUGGAACAUCAAAGCGCGGAUGCCACGGUAUUUCCGGAAAGCCGUUUGGGAUCACUACUUUUCGUCGAUGUUGAAUAUUCGCGAUUGUAGUGACAUGCCCAACUUGCAGGCACUCAGAAGUAGGUUAAUGACGGAGAUCGAGGAAAAUAAGAGAUAUAUACGUGACAAGGUAAGCGAAUUUAAUCAAGCUGUAUUAUCUGGAAUGUAGAGAGAAGAUAUGGUUACGAAUUUUAGCAAUAUAAUUUAUAUUUUGAACGAAA